UCAUAUCCGGCGGCCCGUCUCGCAUCCGGGGGCGGGCCAGAAGGAAGCCAAAGGCAAAUACACCUGAAGUAUCCGGGGCUCAAGCUGUACUCACUGUGUGGGCCCUCCACACCUUGGCACAUUCGUUCAACGGACGGGAGUCAGGGGAGGCGCCAGGCUAGUCCGGCGGAAAGCGGGUGUGAUCAGCUUUGGAAAAGAUGCCAGCAUCAGAUGCCACGUAUGAAAGAAUAGUUUACAAAAAUUCCUCAGAGCACCACUACAUGAAGGUCUGCCUAGAAUUUCAGGAUCAUGGAGUUGGACUAAAUGCCGCACAGUUCAAGCAGCUGCUUGUUUCCUCUCUGAAGGACCUGUUCGGGGAGGUUGGUGCUGCCUUACCUGUGGACGUCCUGACCUAUGACGAGAAGACCUCAUCAGCCAUCUUGCGAGUGUGUAGCAGCGGUAUGGCCAAAUUGUGGAGCUCUUUGACCCUGCUAGGAUCCUAUAAAGGCAAAAAAUGUGCUUUCAGAGUGACUCAGGUUUCUCCCUUCCUCCUUGCUUUAUCUGGUAAUAGUAGGGAACUGGUAUUGGAUUGAAUAGUCUUCAAUUUCAGAAAGUUUUCCUCUGCUCCCAAAAGUACUUUUUGGUGACUUCACAGUUUGAAUACAGCAGCAGUCUUAAAGACCCCGUUGAAGAAAUUGGAAGAUGUCAAAGAUGUUCCCAGUAAAACCCAACCAUCCGCUUUGGUGGGGUGGACUUCGGAGGAGAUUCUGCCUGAGUCGACCAGUGCUGAGCAGACAGCACUUUGAGCUCGUGCAUGUGAGAGUUGGAGACCGAGCUGAACUCAGCAGGGCCUUCACACGGAGGGACGUGGUUGCCUUCUCAGAGUUAACUGGAGAUGUCAAUCCCUUACAUUUAAAUGAGGAGUUCGUGAAACACACCAAGUUUGGAAAGACAGUCGUACAUGGAGUUUUGAUCAAUGGACUGAUCUCAGCUCUCUUGGGUACUAAAAUGCCGGGACCAGGUUGUGUGUUUCUUUCUCAGGAAAUUAACUUUCCAGCUCCUUUAUAUAUUGGAGAAGUUGUUUUGGCUUCUGCAGAAGUGAAAAGACUCAAGCGUUUUGUUGCUGUUAUCGAAGUGUCGUGUUCGGUAAUAGAAAGUAAAAAGACUGUUAUGGAAGGCUGGGUUAAAGUUAUGCUCCCAGAAGCUCCCAAAUCCUGAAAUGUGUGUUGCAAGUUCAAACACCAGUGCUGUUGUUAUUAAAGAAGCACCUGAGGACAUGGGCUGCUGCCCGUCACUAAGGUGUGGCUGACAGACCCAGAAGCCGUGUUGAGGAAGGCGAACAGUGGGAUGUGUUCAAAUACCUGCUUUCCAGUUCGGCUUUAUACCUCACCCAGACUUGAGUACUUGGAAGAUUUCAUCUUCUACCUAGUUAGACUUGCAUUUACUGGCAUCUCCCUGUAUCUGUAGAAUUUUCUAACUGAAUUUAUAACUGUCAAGGACUUAAUUAGGGAAGGAAACAAGGAAGUUGAGUUGUCUUUGAACACGUACCCAUUACCAGUAAAUAUUCUUAGAUCCUUUC